AUGGCAGCUGCAAAUGAUCGGCAACAAGAGGCAGCAGAGAAGGGAGUUAUUUGCUUGUUUAGGAUUGCUUAUGCUAUUGCACAAGGUUUUGUUCCUCUUCGCAAAUACCCAUUGCUUCUGGAGCUACAACAGUUGAACGGAGUUUAUGUUCCUAGCAUGUACAAGAACGUGAUGGCCUGCUCACACUUCAUCACUUUCAUCAACAAGGAUUGGGGGCUGGAUAUGAGCAGGUUCGUGGGGUUUGGUUCAGAUGGCUGCAAUGUUAUGACAGGAAACAGGACAAGGGUUGCAGCAAGGUUGAAGGAGGUCAAUCCAUUCAUGACCUCCACACAUUGUCUUUCACACAGAGCUAACUUAUGUGUGGAGGACGUCUACAAGAAUCCAGUAGUUCAUAAUCUUUGCGAUGAAGUGGAUCAGGUGGUGAACAAGGUAGCCAGUUUUUUCUCAAGGAGUUCUAGCAGGUUGCAGCAGCUACAGGCACUACAGGACGAGCUAGACUUCAAGGUGCUGAAGGUGUUGCGGAUCCAGCAGACACGUUGGUUGAGCAGGGGUGGAGCCAUUACCAGGAUGUGUGAGUGUUUGGAACCACUACUCAAGUUUUUUAAGGACGGGAGAACAACUCAAACAAGGAAGCUGUAUGACCGUCUCAGGAGUUUCAAGUUCCUUUAUGCACUCCACUUUCUAGGAGAUAUCUUGGCAGUGGUAAAUCAGCUGAACCUGGAGUUUCAAGCACAGACUAUGGACGUGACUAGUGUUGCACCUUUAUGCAAGGCAACUAUGGCCAAGAUACAGGUAUACUAUUUGGAUAAGCAAGUGGAUUUGAAUGGUUUUCAGUUGGAUAGCAGAGGAUAUCCUAUAAUCCCAGAUGGUGGACGCCGCAAUGGUCCUUUGGAUGAGCUCAGGUCAUCAGUUAAGGGAAACGAAUACAGAGACGUGGAAAUGAUCAGGUCGAUUCAUGGAGAAGAUUUGGAGGAGGUACUAGAGUUUCAAAAAAACUUUGGCACUAGUCUUUUGGAGGGUAUAAGGACCAGGUUACAGGACUCUGAGGCGACUGGUAUUCUCUCCAAGUUCCACUUUUUAGCUCCUAUCAACUUACCUUCAUCAGUGCGUGAGUUGAAAGCUUUUGGUAAGUUUGAGGUUCAGGAACUUGGAAAGUUCUACACAGGGAUGAUCAAUGAAGCAGAGCUGGCUGAAGAGUACAGUUUAUGGAAGAUAAUAGCUUCCGAGGAGUGGAAGGGGAAAACUUUCGUGGAUGUUUGGGGAAUGAUUUAUGCUCACAGUAUCUGGACGAAGAAGUAUCCCAACUUGCUGAAGUUGGCAAUGGUCGGCAUGGUUCAAUGCUGCAACACUGCAUCAUAUGAGCGUGGGUUUAGUAGAAUCAACUUGGUGAAGAAUAAGUUUCGAAACCAGAUGGGGACGGAGAUGGUUGACGAGCUUGUGAGGAUCUCCAUUGAGGGUCUGCCAAUAGCUGAGUUUGAUUUCGAAAUAAUGGUGCAAGCAUGGAAGGAAGGCGCAGCUUAUAGGCAUAUUUAUACAAGCUAA